CAGCUCUCACGUCAAUAGCUACCCCACUGACGUUAGGUAGUCUGCAACUUCCCCUCCAAACAACGAGCUAACAAGAUAUAAAACUCUGAUCAUCGCCCUGACUAUAUUUUGACUGUAUAAAGGUAUCUUAUUAUUAUUUAUACUGACUUCCACGACAACAACAUGGCUAUCGCAGAGGUUGCACAGCAACCAGACAUUGGCUAUACACCAGAUCAUGACAAAUACCUCGCGCGAGUGCAAAGAAGCUUGAAGAGCAAGGACCUGAGCAAAACACUACCCCCUGGAUUCCCCUCGGAGCUUAAGUCUGAUCUUGUCUGGGACAACACGGACAUAGCUUCCCGCUUCAACUGGAAAUACGAGCUUUCCACCGCAGACCUAGACGAGCUCGAAGCAGCGCUACAACACUUCGAGAGCCUGGGAAAGCCGUUGGGCCAUGUGAACCAGGAAACAUUCCCACUGCCAAACCUGCACAGCAAACUGCGACAAAUCUCGCAUGAGAUCCACCACGCUUUCGGUUUCAAGGUCAUCCGCGGCCUGCCAGUAUCGACACACACACGCGAAGACAUAAUAACCAUCUACGCGGGUCUCGCGUCGCACAUCGCGCCCAUCCGCGGCCGCCAGGACAACCAGUACGAUGGCAAACCCGCAGAUGUCGUGCUCAACCACAUCAAAGACCUGAGCAAGGUCUACGACGCGAACAAAAUCGGAGCCCCAGCUUACACCACCGACAAACAGGUCUUUCACACCGACGCGGGCGAUGUGAUCGCGUUGCUGAGUCUCGAGGAGGCGGCCACGGGUGGCGAGAGCAAGUUGAGUAGCAGCUGGCGCGUGUACAACGAGUUGGCGCGCACGCGACCGGAUCUGAUGCGCACACUGGCCGAGCCGUGGCCGGCUGAGAAUUUCGGCGAUAAAGCAAAGCCGUACAUAAACCGCCCGCUGCUGCACCACCAACCCGCGACCCCGACGUCUCCGGAGCGCCUGAUUAUCCAGUACGCACGUCGCACAUUCACUGGCUUCCAAGGCCUACCGCGCUCGUCCGAUAUCCCGCCAAUCACCGAAGCGCAAGCGGAAGCCCUCGACGCACUACAUUUUCUCGCGGAGAAGCACGCGGUGUCGCUGGACUUCAAGAAGGGCGAUGUGCAGUUUGCGAACAACCUGAGUAUCUUCCAUGCGCGCGAUGGGUUCACGAAUACGGAGGAGAAGCAGCGACAUUUGGUUAGGCUGUGGCUGCGAGAUCCGGAGAAUGCGUGGGAGACGCCGGAGAGUCUCGCGGAGAGGUGGGAGAAGGUGUAUGGUGGAGUUGAAGAGGAGAGGCAGGUAUUUCCUCUUGAGCCGUAUAUCAGGAGUACGAGUUUGGGGGCGGGUGGGGAGAGUAAGUGAUGUUAUUGGAAAGCGGUCUCCCAGAAUAUGGUGUUUUCGUAACAAUGCUGAAGUUGUCCAUGCUGUUCAACUCGCUUGGUCUUUGCUCGUGAUUGCCGAAGUGGUAGUCUGUGCCUUACAAUACUGUAAAAUUCAAAAAGAGCUGUUGUACAUCUUGACGGCGAUAUA